GGGUGGGUUUGGAUGUUUGACAGUUGUGUGUGGUGCAUCGUGGUACUGUGAAGCGUUGCGAGUAAUGUGAUGAUUGUGUGUUUUGUAUCGUAAAAUUAACAUUUUGUUUGCUUUUUGUAUACAACCUGAAGAUGUUGUCACCGGAAGAGGUAACAAUAAAUCCAGGUCCUUUUUCUUCGGCCUCAGACACAAGUGUGCCAGUUAUAGUACAAAGAGAGGACGCCCCGUUGAUAAGCAGGAGGAAAUUUUUCUGGAAAUGGCCAAGCGCAGCAAAUCCGUUCUCCAAGAACAGCAAUAACAAUAAUAAUAAUAACAACAACAAUGGCAGAACUUUAGGAACCUUUGCAGGAGUCUUCAGUCCUGUGGCUUUGUCUAUGUUCAGUGCACUGCUCUUUCUUCGAGUGGGUUUCAUUGUUGGAAAUGCUGGCUUGGCAGAAACAAUAUUACAGUUUGUCAUAGCGUAUGGAAUACUGCUAUUUACAGUUGUAUCAGUGUGUGCUGUGUCUACAAAUGGAGCUGUUGAAGGAGGUGGAGCAUAUUUUAUGAUCAGCAGGACACUGGGACCAGAAUUUGGAGGUGCUAUUGGCACUCUAAUGUUCUUUGCAAACAUUGUUAGCAGUGCUCUUUACAUUACUGGUUGUGCGGAGGGAUUGGUUGAAAUCUUCGGUCCUUCAGGAUAUCUGGUGCACGAUGUGCUUCCAGAUGGUCGCUGGUGGAGGUUUUUGUACUGCUCUGGUCUUAAUGUCCUCAACUUGCUGGUGUGCUUGGUUGGAGCAAGCAUGUUUGCAAAGACAAGUGUCCUAGUGUUUGGCAUUGUUUGCAUUUGCCUGAUUUCAGUGAUUGUCAGCUUCCUGUCUGUUGGACCUAUGCAGAUUCCAUUUCCCGAGGCCAAUCAUCUUGUCAAGAAUGCAUCAGAACGAAUUGGAAUGUACACAGGCUUGUCAGCAAGUGUCCUCCAUGAAAACUUGUUUGAAAAUUAUGGUAAAGAUUAUACAAGAGAAGGGGAAAUAGUGACCUUUGCAUCAUUGUUUGGUGUGCUUUUCAGUGGUGUAACUGGAAUAAUGGCAGGAGCAAAUAUGUCAGGGGAGUUGAAAAACCCAGCUCGGAACAUUCCACAAGGAACCUUGUCUGCUGUUGGUUUUACUUUUAUAUGCUAUAUUGUGGUUUCAUUACUCACAGCUGCUACCUGCAGUGGAAAAUUAUUGCAAAAUAAUUAUUUAUUCAUGAUGCCAAUAAAUUGGUGGCCACCAUUUGUUGCCAUUGGUAUCAUAACAGCUACAUUUUCUGCAAGCUUAAGCAACCUUAUUGGAACAAGUAGAGUGUUGGAGGCAUUGGCAAAGGACAAUGUCUUUGGUCGUCUGCUCUAUUUCAUAGUUCGAGGUUCUUGGAAUGGAAAUCCUGUUGUUGCUGUCCUGAUGUCAUGGUUCUUAGUUCAAUUAGUGCUGUUAAUUGGCUCACUCAACACAAUUGCACAGAUUAAUUCCGUCCUGUUUCUUCUUUCAUACUGUGCAACAAAUCUGGCUUGUCUUGGUUUAGAACUUGCUGCAGCACCAAACUUCAGACCUUCCUUCAAGUACUUCACAUGGCAUACUGCUCUGUUUGGUCUAAUUGGAACUAUGGUUAUGAUGUUCGUGAUAGAUACUAUUUAUGCAUCAUGCAGCAUUAUCUUGUGUUUGCUGCUAGUUACAGCACUACAUUUGUUUUCCCCGUCUCGUGGUUCUAGAUGGGGAUCUAUAACACAAGCUCUUAUAUUUCAUCAGGUGCGCAAAUAUUUGUUGUUGCUGGAUUCGAGAAAGGACCAUGUAAAAUUCUGGCGACCACAGAUGUUACUUUUAGUAAGUAACCCAAGAACAUCUUGUCCAUUGAUUCACUUUGUGAAUGAUUUGAAGAAAAGUGGCCUGUAUGUUUUGGGCCAUGUUAAAAUUGGAGAUUUCCGUGACCAUGAUCGUGAUGUCACUGCUUAUGAAUACACACAUUGGCUGGAAUUAGUUGACCAUUUGAAGGUGAAAGCAUUUAUUGAGCUUACAGUUGCUAAGACUGUCAGAGAAGGUAUGCAUCAUAUGAUCCGAAUGUCGGGAUUGGGAGCAAUGAAGCCCAAUACAAUUGUCUUGGGGUUUUAUGACGACUCAACACCCAAGGACUUCUUAGAGAGUUCUGAUUCAGGCUACCAUACUAACACAUUCAGUGGAAUAUUGGCAUGUGAUGGAAUUCCGCUUUUUAAACUACGCAGAGAUUCUGAAGAGAAGCAUAUAAAUAGAACUGAGUUUGUGGGAAUGAUGGUAGAUGUUUUGAAGAUGAAAAAAAACCUUUGUGUAUGUCGCCAUUUCCAAACACUUGAUAAAGUUCGUGUUGCCAGGUCAUCUGCAAUAAAAUAUAUAGAUGUUUGGCCAAUCAAUUUCUUUAACCCAAAUGAUUUGGAUCACUUUGAUACAACGAGCUUAUUCAUGAUGCAGUUAGCCUGCAUAAUAAACAUGGUUCCUGGCUGGAAAAAACUUCACCUCAGAGUUUUUCUUUGUGAAACUGGCGAUCAGCAACUAGCAAAUUUAUCUUCAUCUCUUGACUCUGCAGAUACAUCGGCAACUCCACUUAAGGGUGAACAGCGUUUGCGUGAAUUGUUGCAGAUGCUUCGUAUUGCUGCCACAAUACAUUUGAUACCAUCUUACUCAGAAUUGUACGUUACGUGGAGAAGCACGUCUGGCAGUGGAUAUCAAUCAGCAUCAGAAAGCAGUGCCACUGAGUAUAAUUCUCAUAGAGCAAAUCUGCAAUAUUUGCAAAGUGUUAAUCAGAUCAUAAACCAGAAUUCAUCAGAGACAGCUGCAACAUUUAUCUACCUUCCACCUCCUCCAUCUUCAGUAACAGUUGAAGAAAGUGAAGUAUAUCCAAAAUAUUUAGAACUGUUGACAACAUUGACUGAAAACCUUCCACCAACAGUAUUGGUGCAUGGGGUGCAUGCUGUCACAUCAACUGCCUUCUGAAAACUUUCUAUAAGAAGAAAAAAAUGUGAUAUCAUGUGUAUUUGUUUUAAUUUAUGAUCAUUAUAUUUAAUCGGAACCAGCUAAUAUAUUUUGGAUAAUGCAAUGUACAGAAAACACAUAUUUAUACCUGUGUGGAUAACCACAAAAACGAUUUUAUCUAGAUUAUACAAACACAAUUGUUUUGGUUGAAUUUUAUAAGAUAUUAGCUACUGCAAAAUACUGACACCUACUCAUAUGCAAUGAUCAACACUGGAAAAAAAAAUUGCAUGAACCAUGUGAAAAAUGUGCUAAUGUGGGUGAAAGAGCAGAGACUCAAAAACAAGGUAGAAAUCUAAGUAAUUUUAUCCUGUUAAAGAAAGCACACAAAGAUGUAUAUGGUAGUCAAUCAUUGUUAAAUAAAUGGUAGUAAUGUGGUCAUGCUUCAUACCACUGUAGAA